CUUCUCGCUCACUGUGUUUUUUUCGUUUUAGUCAGGUGGGCUGUUGUACGAUUUGAUGACGACAUAGUUAGCAAAGUACUUUAUGCUCGUGAUGUUGUGACUGAGGGGGAAGAUGGCUGUGAUCUGCAGGACAAAACCAAGGCUGAGCUAGGGGACAGGUGCAUCGCCCCAUAUGGAAAUGAAAAAUACUCUGGCACAUUGGUUUGUGUUUCAGUUGACAAGCAAAUUGUGACCCAAGCUAAGAUGAAUGAGGAAAAACGUCUGAAAGAAGAAAAGGCCAGGAAGAGGAUGAGCGACAAAAAGGCUGAGACAACCAAUGGCAAUGUCCCAGCUCAAGUUGUGGGAAAGACGAAAGCAAAAAAUGUGAAGAAGAAGGCAAAUAUUGAGAGGAUUGCUGCUGUAUCUCAAGCUUGUGUUGAGGGAAUUAAGACAGCGACAGAUGAUGGGAAAAAGAAGGCCAACAGUCGGGAGGUUGUUGGUGUAGCACAAGUCCAUUUUGAUAAUAGUCUUCCACAAUCAGGGGGAAACCACACCCACAGAGACAAGAAGAGAAAAGAGCAAGAUGUUGAGAAAAAAUCAAAGAAAAGUGCGGAAAAAAAAUUGGUGAGCACUGUGACUGAAGAUCUUCAAAAGAGCAGAAAACGUGCUCUUUCUCAGACCAUAAGGAGGGAAGAGGAAAUCCUCACACAAAAUGGCAUCGACGAUCAAGCUAAAGAUCUUCAGAACAAAAAAAAAUGUGCUACUUCUCUUACAAAAAGAUUGGAAGAGGAAAUGCUCACAGAAUAUGACGGCAAUGAUCAAGAAAUGAUUUCAAAUUCCAAGGGCCACCCUACCACUGGAGGUAAAAGGCCUCGGCAGGAGUAUGUUGACCUGAGAACAUCGAUGAGCGAUGAUGCCGGUGAUUCGGAUGAUUCCAUCAUUUAUGAACUGGUCCCCCUUGACUUUGAAAUGGAGACUGUUGAAUCACCCAAACAGAUGCCAGUCCCGUCAGCAUAUGCUGUGCACCCAAGCAGUGUUCUUCACUUAUCGCCAUCAGCAAAGACACCUACAUCUAGGACACCAGUACAGAUGACACCGAAGACAUCCUCUUAUCCUAUUCCAAGCCAUGUCCUGUCGCCAAUGAUAAAUACUCCCCCUUCGUGCCAGAGUUGUCUACAAAAGAAUCAUGAAAUAACGAGGCUACUUGAAGAAAACAGAAGACUGCGUACUGGUAGGGUCGAGAGGAUGACAAGUCCCAUCCACUCCCGGAGUGAGAUUGAGAACCGUUACGCACGUCCACGACCAGGGUAUCGAACCAAAGAGGAGGCGCACCAAUAUCAGAUGGUGGAAUUGGUGAGUGGAAGUGGCAUAUACCUCUAUCAGGACAACAUCGAGCCAGUGAGGCGAAGAAGUUACAAUGCCCAAAACAAAACUUUGAGCGGGGAAGGUUUAGCCAGAGGGCUGAUGGGAGAGAUAUUUUCGCGGGAGGAAAUCAUAUACGGCUCACUGAGCCGUACCCCAAAACAUCACAGAUUGUCAACCCUUGACCCAAGAGUAAUCCAGGCCAUAACAAGUUACUGUGUGGUUCAUGGAAAUACGACAGCUGGACGGGUGAGAGAUGCCAUGACGCGUAAAAUAACUUCCUCUAGGAAGAAGGCAAAGGUUGUUUUGGAGUAGAGGAUCAUUCGAUAUGAGAGCCAUCUGAAAUUUGUGUACAUUGGCAUAAUGCAUUCAAUUAGGAGAUUUUAUACUCGAUCUGUACAGUCUAUUUUUGGAGCAAUCUGGAUGACAUGAUCAAGUUAUACGAAUGGACUGUAGUCUGAUUUAAUAUAUACAUGUACUGUUGGUGACGGCUGGCCCGGCAACUAGUACAUGAAAUGUUGUAAUUGUACUGUGACUAUUUUUGUGUAAACUAGGUUUACAGGCCACCGUAGACAAAUUCACUGUAGUGAAAUAUGACAUGCAUUUACGGAGUCACGUGGUUUAUAUGUUCACCCUUAUAAUAAUGUUGUAAUAAAGAUCACUUCGCAUGUGGAGUCACAAGAA